GUCUGCUCGCUGCUGGCCGCGGCGUCUUAUACUCUUUCGGGUUGUGAUUGUCCCUUUGGCUGAACGGCGGCCCCAGGAGGGGCUGCGCCUCGUCGGCCCGGCGGCAUGCCGGGGGGACGAAGGGGCCUGGUGGCCCCGCAAAACACAUUCCUCGAGAACAUCGUGCGGCGCUACAACUCACUACCGGACUGCAGCUUCCUGCUGGCAAACGCGCAGAUCGUGGACUACCCGAUCGUGUACUGCUCGGAGAGCUUCUGCAAGAUCUCCGGCUACAACCGGGCCGAAGUGAUGCAGAAGAGCUGCCGCUGCAGCUUCAUGUACGGCGAGCUCACCGACCGGCCGACCAUCGGCAAGCUGGAGCACUGCCUGGACGCGCACGCGCAGGACCAGCUCGAGAUACUGCUGUACAAGAAGAACCGCACGCCGCUCUGGCUGCUGCUCCACGUGGCACCCAUCAAGAACGAGAAGGACCUGGUCGUCCUCUUCCUGCUCACUUUCCGGGACAUCACGGCGCUCAAGCAGCCCCUCGAGGACGACGUCUCCAAAGCAGGCCUAAGCAAGUUCGCCCGGCUGGCCCGCUCGGUGACGCGCAGCCGGUCGGUGUUGGUGCAGUUCUCGUCGCACCUUCCGGCCGCCAUCAAGGCGGACGCCGGCCCCGGCACCUCGCGCCAGUCGCAGAUCGCGCAUAUGAUGAGCCUGAACGCCGAGGUUCUCCCCCAGUACCGCCAGGAGGCGCCCAAGACGCCGCCGCACAUACUGCUCCACUACUGCGCCUUCAAGGCCAUCUGGGACUGGGUGAUCCUGUGCCUGACCUUCUACACGGCCAUCAUGGUGCCGUACAACGUGGCCUUCAAGAACAAGACGAGCGAGGACGUGUCGCUGCUCGUGCUCGACUCAAUCGUGGACGUCAUCUUCUUCAUCGACAUCGUGCUCAACUUCCACACCACGUUCGUCGGACCCGGGGGAGAGGUGGUGUCCGACCCAAAGAUAAUCCGCAUGAACUACCUCAAGUCAUGGUUCACCAUCGACCUGUUGUCGUGCCUGCCGUACGACGUUUUCAAUGCAUUCGACAACGGUGAAGACCAACAGGGCAUCGGCAGCCUAUUCAGCGCGCUCAAAGUUGUCCGCCUGCUGCGGCUCGGCCGCGUGGUGCGCAAGCUGGACCGCUACCUGGAGUACGGCGCGGCCAUGCUGAUCCUGCUGCUCUGCUUCUACAUGCUGGUCGCCCAUUGGCUCGCCUGCAUCUGGUACAGCAUCGGACGCAGCGAUGCCGAGAACGGCGUCCAGUUCAGCUGGCUAUGGAAGCUGGCCAACGUCACGCAGUCACAGUUCAAGGUCCGCUACGUGAACGAUUCCCACCACGGCCUGAAGGCGGAGCUGGUAGGCGGGCCCCCUCGUGGCACCAUGUACGUGACGUCACUCUACUAUACCAUGACGUGCAUGACGAGCGUCGGUUUCGGCAAUGUGGCCGCCGAGACUGACAACGAGAAGGUCUUCACGAUAUGCAUGAUGAUCAUUGGAGCGCUGCUGUACGCGACCAUCUUCGGCCACGUGACGACCAUCAUCCAGCAGAUGACGUCAGCGACGGCGCGCUACCACGAGAUGCUGAACAACGUGCGCGAGUUCAUGAAGCUGCACGAGGUUCCGCGAGCCCUGAGCGAGCGCGUCAUGGACUACGUGGUCUCCACCUGGGCCAUGAGCAAGGGCAUCGACACCAAGAAGGUGCUCAGCUACUGCCCAAAGGACAUGACGGCGGACAUCUGCGUGCACCUGAACCGUAAGGUCUUCAACGAACACCCGGCGUUCCGGUUAGCGAGCGACGGUUGCCUGCGCGCCCUGGCCAUGUACUUCAGCAUGGACCACUCGGCGCCAGGCGACCUGCUCUACCACACUGGAGAGAGCAUCGACACGCUCUCAUUCGUCGUCGCCGGCUCCCUGGAGGUGAUCCAGGACGACGAGGUGGUGGCCAUCUUGGGCCGCGGUGACGUGUUCGGCGACGCGUUCUGGAAGGAGCCCACCAUUGGCCAGUCGUGCGCCAACGUGCGCGCGCUCACCUACUGCGACCUGCACUCCAUCAAGAGAGACAAGCUGCUCGAGGUGCUCAACUUCUACCACGCGUUCGCCAACUCCUUCGCGCGUAACCUCCUGCUCACAUACAACCUCAGGCACAGACUCAUCUUCCGCAAGGUGUCUGACGUGAAGCGCGAGAAGGAGCUCGCGGAGAGGCGUAAGCACGAGCCCCUUCAGGAACUGUCCCAGGACCACCUGGUGAGGAAGAUAUUCUCCAAGUUCCGCAAGAACGGCUCGGCCAGCUCGACGGCGACCACCCCGGCGGGAGGAGGUCCCACCAUGGGAGACCAUGGCCGCGCGCCCUCCUCGCCUCUCGCCAUCCUGCCCUCGCCCGACAUCGAGAAGGGCGCCCUGGUCCGUCCGGCGUCCCAGGUUCCCGCAAUCGUGGCGAGCAGCCACGACGGCUCGGCGCCUCAGCCCCCGUCGGCGCCCAAGGUGGUGCACAUCUCCGAGGCUCCGCCCACGUCUACGCACGCGCCCAAACUGUCCCGCUGGGCGGCGCUGCGAUCGGACUCCGUCUCCACCGGCGACAACAAGGAGAACCUGCCGGCGGACAACGCACAGCCGCACCAGGUGAUCGUCAAGCCGACGGUGCCGGCAGCCGCUCCCGCGACGCCAUCCAUCAAAGAACAGCCGGCCGCGGCCGCCAGCACCGCGCUCGCUCCUCCGCCGAGGCCCAGCGCUUCCGGAGGAGCUGGUCAGCCUUCCAACGGCGCAGCCACCUCCGGCACGACUCCGCAUCGAGGUCUAUCUAAAUGGGCUAAGAGCAUGAGCUCCAAGCACGAAACCAUCGAAGAGACGGCCGAACCGGAGACCUCUAGUCCGGGCAAAGGCAGCGAGAGUGAGGAGGGACCCCCGCCUCGUCACCCGUCACAACAGCAACAAGUCCAACACCAGCAUUACCAGCAACAGCCUCCUCAGAGGCCACCUCCUCUGCCGCCACUAGAGGCGCCGCAGGCGCCGUCACAGCCUUCCGAAAGCCUCCUGUCUCCGAGGGCCGGAGGCGGGCGCGACUACCAGCAGCUCCUGGCCAACCUUAUGGACAUGAGGGUUGAUCUCAAGAUGGAGAUCCAGAGGCUGCACACCAAGGUGAACAGAAUAGACGAGCACCUCGUGGAACUGCUCAAGAGCGCCGGAAGUGGCGGUGGAAGCGGGCCUUCCUCGCCUCCGCGGGGCGACCCUCCAACGGAGACCUGCGGCGACGUAGCGGGCGAGGCCCCGGCGACGACGACGUCGUGCUCUUCUUCCAGACGUGCCGGCGGCGGCGGGAAGACUUCUUCGAGGCAGGACGCCUCGGACGGUAAGAGCCGCAGUCACUCGCUCAAGCGCAAGUCCAGCCACAAGUCGAAGGACGUCAGGGACUCUAAUAAGACGUCGGCGGCCACCGCGGACUCUUCGGCGGCGGCGGUGCGUGCCAUGCUUGAGAGUGAGAUCGCCGAACAGGACACUGAGUGCGGUACACCGGGAAAGGACGUCGCCUCGUCUUCGUCGCAGCAGCAACAGCACGACAAGCAGCAAUAACGCG